GGAACACUAUUUGGUUCGCCUGCACUAACUUUUUCAUUUCUUCUCUUUCUUUAUUGCUUUCCAGCACUUCUUUUACUUUUAUUAUUUUAUAGUAUUCCUACUCCACAUGUCCCCCCUCUAUCUCUCUUCCUAUUCAAAUAUCCUCAUCUAUAAAUCUCUCUCUUUCUUCCUUCAAUCUUCACAGGAGACUCAAACAGUUGUUUAAAAAAGAAAAAGAAAAAACAACAUUAUCUUCCACCACUGAAAAUGGCAAUUAACUGUGCCAAAGAAAGAUGGGAACAUUCAAACUCAUCGGAGCAAGCAGUUGAAGAAGAAUUAGAUGAAGAUUUAUCAUUCUGUGAUCUACCAGUCAUUAGUAAUUUGACAGAGGAGAAAGAAGAAGAGCAAUCAAGAAAAGAAGAUGCUUUGGCAAUUGAUCAUCAAACACAAGAAGAAUUCGAUUUUCCCUCAAGGGGUGGCUCUCUUUUGAGAGAAUCAGAAAUGUGUGCUGCUGAUGAGGUUUUCUUUCAAGGUCAAAUCCUCCCACUACGUCUCUCAGUUAGCUCACAAGGUGGCUCGGGCGGUGUCAAGCAAGAAAGCCAGAACAUUAGCCGGUGCACAUCAAGGUCUGAGUCCAUGGACCAUAAUUCAACAGGUGGGUUCACUAGCAACAAUAGUAGCAGAAGCAGCAGUACUAGAAGUCACAACUCAACAAGCAGCACUAGCUCCAACAAUACUUUCAGACGAAAUUCCAAGCCAAUUAGAGUCCAAAACAACUUUCUUACAUGCCCAAGUCCCAAACCCCAGAUCAGAAUUUCAACAACUCGACAAGGAACUGUGAGUAGCCGAAGCCGCAACUCAUCAGCAAGGGACUUUUUCCGACUGGGUUUGGUACCAACACCUGAGAUUGGAUUGCAAGACCUUAAGGUUCGUAGAAACAUUAGUGUUAACAAAAAUUCAGUCAGUCGCAAUAGCAGUCUUAGUAGCAGUAGCAGUAGUACUAGUGCUAAGAUUAAUAAUAGUAGUAGUCGCAAAAGCAACUCUGGUUUGAACAUGGAGGAUAAACAAAUAAGGCAAGGAUUCUUGGAGAGAAGACUAGGAGGAUUGUUGAGUGGCUGUAAGUGUACAGAUGAAACAGUUUCUUCAAAUGUUGUCAUCAUUAAGAGCAAUAGUGAAAGUGCUACAACAACGCAUGCUAAGAAAGCUGAGAAACUGUUGGAGUUGAAGAUGAAAAAGAAGCAAGAAGAAAAGCAGCAGGGAAAGCAAGCAAUGUCACGCCAUCGAACGUAUGAAUGGCUAAAGGAGCUUUCUCAUGCAACUUAUCCUCCUGGGUCCUGAUAGUCAGAGAGUAGUCAUCAACAAUAUUUGCUCGCAUGCCUUGUAUUGUAUUAUUCUUUAGUCUUUUUUUAGAUUUUUCAAUCGUCUUUUUGUCUUGGCCUUUAGUUUGAAUUAUAUUAUUCUACUGUGUAGUGGGGCUCCAUUAUCAAGAACCCUUUUUUUUAUCCUUGAGAGAACGAGGUUGUUAUUAUCUUUAAAGUUUAUUUAGUUUAUUUUUUUCUUUUUCUUUA